AUGCCCAGCUUCUUCCAGUUCACGCAGGGCUCCGAGUCGCGCGUCCGCCCAAACGACUCGACUCCGCUUCUAGGCCGGUUCCGCGCCGUGCCCCCGCGCCCGGGCGUUGUACCGCGGCGGCCCAGCCAGCUCGGCCUCUUAUCGAGCACCGCCGCCUUUGACGGCCGCGGCAGCGUCCACAUUCUCGGCUACGGCGCCGUCCCCAGUAGUGCUGUCGCCGCAGAGCUCGCGCACAUCGAUGACGCCGGGAGCACCACCAGCAGCGACGGGCUCGAGGAUGAGAGGACCGCGUGGGAGCGCGCCUGGCAGCGGUGGGUGCUGGAUAUCUGGGUCGACCCGAGGCAAUCGGCCGUGAAGAGGGUCGUGGACAAGUGGUGGAGCAGAUAUGGGUUUCUGGUCUUGAUGCCGGCCUUGUUGGCCGUGGCUUGGUGUUCUAUACCCUUCCCGCAAUACUCCCUUCGACGAGAUCACGACUAUGACGACGAUGACGAUCUGCCUCACGAACCCAAGGCGCCUGGUCACGGAGCAGCGCGAGUCCAGGUCAACUUUUGGUUCUUCCUCUUCGUCUACUAUGGCUUCUACAACCUCACCGCCCUCAUCUGGAUCACAAAGGUCUUUAACCUCUACAGUCUCAACUGGUGGCCGCAAUCUCUCGGCUUCCCACUCACCGUCUUUCUCAUCGCCAUUCUGUCCAUCGCCCUACCCAUACCGAUAUAUAUGAACAGUGCGACCCGCUUCCUCACCGUUCACAACACGGCAUGGAUCUCGUGGACCUUCAUCAUUAUGGCCAUGCCCGUCGCCAUCGCCUUUCUCAUCCUCACCACCAACGAGCGCCACAUUGGCCUCCGCCAUUCACUCUCCGAGACACAGCGCAUCUUUACUACGUCCUGGUGGACCGGAGAACCGGAGUCAUUGUCGGGCAGGGACCGCCGGCGCCGUAAUGUCUCCGCCGACCUGUUCGACACGGACAUGCUCCGGGUCGAGCCGGAGCUGCGACCGCAAGGCGUUAGGAUGCGUCGACUCUGGCUGCCGGCGAGCUUUGUACGAUUUCUGUGGUUCUGCGUGGCCUUGUUCAUUGGCUUGAUGGCUUACGUGAUUGGAGAGGCGUAUGCUGAGAUCUACCUGCGGACUCUUCCACAUAACAACUUGGAGACAGUUGUCUAUGUCUAUGGCUGGGUCGCGACAGUGCAUCUCCUUGACGCAUUGACGGGUUGGGUGUUGGGCAUCCGUGAGGGCGAGCGUGUAGGGAGCUAUCCCCUCAGCUGGGUCUUUAAACUAUACUUUAUGUUGACCUAUCAGACAUACGUCCGCUCUCUCUAUGCACGCCUGCGUUCGCCAACCCAGUUCGUCAUCCUCCAGGUCCUCUCAUCGACAAGCCUGGUGGUUAUCACUCCCAUCAUGAUGACCUCUUUGAUGCACAAGAUUCUCUGUAUCUUGGGCCUUAACGGGCAAAGCUACGGAUCUUACCAAAAGCUCCAGGCUCGCAACGUCUUCAUCCGCUUCCUGGCCGAGAAUGUGUCCAUGGCUACGUUCCUAGGCAGCAUCCUUGUGCUGCACUUUGGCGCUAACAAGGACGUCUACCCAUACUUUGCCUUUGACACCGAGGGUGAGCCUUACAACUUCAACGUCACCUUUUACGCCUCUACGGUGACGUGGGCAUGCGAGCUGGUGGCGAGUAUCGUUGUGCGGGGUCUUAUCCGUGUCUUCUUCCACAUCGACGUCGGCUUAGAGGGGAAGCUAGACCUUGCCGUCUGGCCGGAGCUGAUGCCGACGUGCGUCGCGGUCAUGCUGCACGUGUUGCAGAACAUGCUCUUCUCCAUCAUUCGAUUGCAGUUCCGCUGA